AUGUUCAGAAUCGCUGCUGCUGUCUCGAGGUCGCUUCCUAGCCUUCGUGUUUCGGCCAAGCCUCUCGCUGUGUGCAACUCUGUGUUUGCCUCCACCACUCAGCUCUUGAGCCCAAUCAGAACCUUCAAAACCAAAUCUGCCGUCAAGAAAAUGUGUCCUGACUGCUACUUGGUCAAGAGAAAGGGCAGAGUGUUUGUUUACUGCAAGUCCAACGGUAAGCACAAGCAAAGACAGGGUUAA